AUGUCGGAGGAGCCGGCCUCGGGCCCCAAGGAGCGCCCGCCGGCGCUGCGCGCGGGCCCCCGCGAGGUGUGGAAGAAGGGCGGCCGCCUGCUGUCGGUGCUGCUGGCCGUCAACGUGCUGCUGCUGGCCUGCACGCUGGUCAGCGGCGGCGCCUUCAACAAGGUGGCCGUGUACGACACCGACGUGUUCGCGCUGCUCACCGCCAUGAUGCUGCUGGCCUCGCUCUGGAUUCUCUUCUACCUCCUGCGCACCGCGCGCUGCCCCGACGCCGUCCCCUACCUGGACGCGCACGCCGGCCCCAUCUGGCUCCGAGGCGGGCUGGUGCUGUUCGGGACCUGCACCCUCGUCAUGGACGUCUUCAAGACCGGCUACUACUCCAGUUUCUUCGAGUGCCAGUCGGCCAUCAAGAUCCUGCACCCACUCAUCCAGGCUGUGUUUGUCAUCCUCCAGACUUACUUCCUCUGGGUCUCCGCCAAGGACUGUGUCCAUGUCCACCUGGACCUGACCCGGUUCGGACUCAUGUUCACGCUCACCACCAACCUGGCCAUCUGGAUGGCAGCCGUGGUGGAUGAAUCCGUGCACCAGGCCCACUCCUACGGCAGCUCUCACGGCAACACCAGCUACACCCGCCUCGCCCCUGACCGGCACAGCCAUGGCCCCACUCGGGUGGGAGACACAACCUGUUCCUGCAGCACGUCCGUCUGCCAGGUCUUUCAGCAGGGGUACUUUUACCUGUACCCCUUCAACAUCGAGUACAGCCUCUUCGCCUCCACCAUGCUCUACGUCAUGUGGAAGAACGUCGGCAGGCUGCUGGCCGCCCCCCACGGCCACAGCCACGGCCACGGCCCCUCCCGCGUCAGUCUCUUCUGGGAAACCUUCUUCGCCGGCCCGAUCCUGGGCCUGCUGCUCUUUGUGGUGGGGCUGGCCGUCUUCAUCAUCUAUGAGGUCCAGGUGAGCGGGGAGGGGGGCCGCACCCAGCAGGCCCUGGUCACCUACUACAGCUUCAACAUCGUCUGCCUGGGGCUCAUGACCCUGGUCAGCCUGAGCGGCUCGGUCAUCUACCGUUUCGACCGGCGCGCCAUGGACCACCACAAGAACCCCACCCGCACGCUGGACGUAGCCCUGCUGAUGGGGGCCGCCCUGGGCCAGUAUGCUAUCUCCUACUACUCGAUUGUGGCCGUGGUGGUGGGCACCCCCCGGGACCUGUUGGCGGGGCUCAACCUGGCCCACGCCCUGCUCAUGAUCGCCCAGCACACCUUCCAGAACGUGUUCAUCAUCGAGAGCCUGCACCGGGGACCGCCCGGGGCCGAGCGCCCCCAUACACCCCCCAAGGAGCCCUGCCAAGGCCUCACCUUUGCCAACCUGGACGCCCUGCACGCUUUGCCUGGCUGCCCACCCACCCCCAGCCUGGCCAACCCCAGCCCAGCGGGCCCUCCAGAAGCAGUGACCAUGAUCUUGGCCCCCAGGGGCCACUGGAGACGCCGAUGCCUCAAAGACAUUUCUCUGUUUCUCCUGCUAUGCAAUGUCAUUCUGUGGAUCAUGCCGGCCUUUGGGGCGCGCCCUCACUUCAGCAACACGGUGGAAGUGGACUUCUACGGCUACUCGCUCUGGGCGGCCAUCGUCAACAUCUGCCUGCCUUUUGGCAUCUUCUACCGCAUGCACGCCGUCUCCAGCCUGCUGGAGGUCUACGUGCUGUCCUGA